GUGUGCGGUUUCUCUGUACGUUCAGGCCUGCAGGAAACGCGCUCAGAUCGUCCGCAGAGGAGCGCGCUUGCACCGGCACAUUUUCCCGUUAGCGGACCCAGACAUCCACCAUGUCGUCUCUGUUGGGGACCGUCGCCAAACAGCUCAAGAGCCACCCAGCUCUGAUCCCCCUCUUCAUCUUCAUCGGUGGUGGGGCCACUAUGAGCAUGCUGUACUUGGGCAGACUGGCUCUGAAAAACCCUGACGUCUCUUGGGAUCGCAAAAACAACCCUGAGCCCUGGAACAAGAUGGACACCAACCAGCAGUACAAGCUUUUCACCGUGAACAUGGAUUAUUCCAAGCUGAAGAAGGACAGGCCAGACUUCUAGGCCUCCUCUGUCUCUAAUGUUGCGAUCUGUGUGAGGAGCCGUUGCACUUUUUGCCAAAUACAAAUAAGCUCAUGACACUGACUGAAGGUUGUUCACAUUUGUGCAUUUCCAGCGUGACGUAAGGGGAGAGAGGGAUCAUUACCUUAAAUAAAUAAAACAGGCAACCACCUGUUUUACCAAUCUGUUUUUCUUUUUUGCUUUGUUGUAAAUUAUUAAAACUAUUUCAAUCACA